AGCGCGCCCGGCAGCCUAGGAUCAGUGCGCGGUGGCGGCGGCGGCGCGGGCAUCUGGCGCCGCGCGGUCCUUCUCGGCCCGGCGCACCGACGAACCGACGGCAGGAGGGACGGGGCGCAGGCGCUGGACCAGCAAGCAGCGAGCCGAAGCAAGGGCCGCGCGCAGCUAGUUGGGCGCCGGCGGCCGCCAGACUCCGGAGCGGCGCCCUCCUCCCGCCGGUGCCAGAGCCGGGCCAUGGGGGGCAGCAUGCCCACGCGCUCCACCUGAGAAAGCCAUCGCCCUUGCCCCCGCGAUGGGCGCCCCGGCUUGCGCCCUCGUGUUCUGCGUGGCCGUGGCGGUUGUGGCCGGCGCUGCUUCGGGGCCCCCGGGCGCGGAGCAGCGCGUCGUGCGGAGAGCAGCAGAGGUCCUGGAACCUGAGCCUGGACAGCAGGAGCAGCUGGUCUUUGGCAGUGGGGACACCGUGGAGUUGAGCUGCCACUCGCCUGCAGGGGGUCCCACGGGGCCCACCGUCUGGGUGAAGGACGGCGCAGGGCUGGUGGCCUCGGCCCGCAUCCUGGUGGGGCCCCAGCGGCUACAGGUGCUCAACGCCUCCCAUGAGGACGCCGGCGCCUACAGCUGCCGGCAGCGGCUCACCCAGCGUGUUCUGUGCCACUUCAGUGUGCGCGUGACAGAUGCCCCAUCCUCAGGAGAUGAUGAAGAUGGGGAGGACGAGGCAGAAGAUACAGCAGGGGCCCCUUACUGGACACGGCCUGAGCGGAUGGACAAGAAGCUGCUGGCUGUGCCAGCUGCCAACACCGUUCGCUUCCGCUGCCCGGCUGCCGGCAACCCCACCCCGUCUAUCUCCUGGCUGAAGAAUGGCAAGGAAUUCCGGGGCGAGCACCGCAUCGGGGGCAUCAAGCUGCGGCACCAGCAGUGGAGCCUGGUCAUGGAGAGCGUGGUGCCCUCAGACCGUGGCAACUACACAUGCGUCGUGGAGAACAAGUUUGGCAGCAUCCGGCAGACGUACACCCUGGACGUGCUGGAGCGCUCUCCACACCGGCCCAUCCUGCAGGCAGGGCUGCCAGCCAACCAAACAGCAGUGCUGGGCAGCGACGUGGAGUUCCAUUGCAAGGUGUAUAGCGACGCACAGCCCCACAUCCAGUGGCUCAAGCAUGUAGAGGUGAACGGCAGCAAAGUGGGGCCUGACGGCACACCCUACGUCACCGUGCUCAAGUCCUGGAUCAGUGAGAGUGCGGAGGCCGACGCGCGCCUCCGCCUGGCCAAUGUGUCCGAGCGCGACGGGGGCGAGUACCUCUGUCGAGCCUCCAAUUUCAUAGGCGUGUCUGAGAAGGCCUUUUGGCUGCGUGUUCACGGGCCCCAAGCAGCUGAGGAGGAGCUGGUGGAGGCUGGUGAGGCUGGCAGCGUGUACGCAGGCGUCCUCAGCUACGGGGUGGGCUUCCUCCUCUUCAUCCUGGUGGUGGCUGCUGUGACGCUCUGCCGCCUGCGCAGCCCACCCAAGAAGGGCCUGGGCUCGCCCACUGUGCACAAGGUCUCCCGCUUCCCGCUCAAACGACAGGUAACAGUGUCCUUGGAGUCCAACUCGUCCAUGAACUCCAACACGCCGCUGGUGCGAAUUGCCCGGCUGUCCUCGGGGGAGGGCCCCGCGCUGGCCAACGUCUCUGAGCUUGAGCUGCCCGCUGACCCCAAGUGGGAGCUGCCUCGGGCCCGGCUGACCCUGGGCAAGCCUCUCGGGGAGGGCUGCUUCGGCCAAGUGGUCAUGGCAGAGGCCAUUGGCAUUGACAAGGACCGGGCCACCAAGCCCGUCACCGUGGCCGUGAAGAUGUUGAAAGACGACGCCACGGACAAGGACCUCUCGGACCUGGUGUCGGAGAUGGAGAUGAUGAAAAUGAUCGGAAAGCACAAAAACAUCAUCAACCUCUUGGGCGCCUGCACGCAGGGCGGACCCCUGUAUGUGCUGGUGGAGUACGCGGCCAAGGGCAACCUGCGGGAGUACUUGCGGGCCAGGCGCCCUCCGGGCAUGGACUACUCCUUUGACACCUGCAAGCUGCCUGAGGAGCAGCUCACCUUCAAGGACCUGGUGUCCUGCGCCUACCAGGUGGCACGGGGCAUGGAGUACCUGGCCUCGCAGAAGUGCAUCCACAGGGACCUGGCAGCUCGCAACGUGCUGGUGACCGAGGACAACGUGAUGAAGAUCGCAGACUUUGGCCUGGCCCGUGACGUGCACAAUCUUGACUACUACAAGAAGACCACCAAUGGCCGGCUGCCUGUGAAGUGGAUGGCACCCGAGGCCUUGUUUGACCGUGUCUACACCCACCAGAGUGACGUCUGGUCCUUUGGGGUCCUGCUCUGGGAGAUCUUCACACUGGGGGGCUCGCCGUACCCCGGCAUCCCUGUGGAGGAGCUUUUCAAGCUGCUGAAGGAAGGCCACCGCAUGGACAAGCCGGCCAACUGUACACACGACCUGUACAUGAUCAUGCGGGAAUGCUGGCACGCGGUGCCCUCGCAGAGGCCCACCUUCAAACAGCUGGUGGAGGACCUGGACCGCAUCCUCACUGUGACGUCUACCGAUGAAUACCUGGACCUGUCGGUGCCCUUUGAGCAGUACUCGCCCGGCGGCCAGGACACUCCCAGCUCCAGCUCCUCGGGGGACGACUCUGUGUUUGCCCAUGAGCUCCUGCCUCCGGCCCCACCCAGCAGUGGGGGCCCGCAGACGUGAGGGCUGCAAGCCUGCAGGCUGAGCCCUCCUAAUGUGAGAGUGGACCCCAGCCCACCCCGUCGACCACUGGGGCCCAGUGGCCCAGGCCCGAGACCUGGCAAGGAUGGAUGGAUGGACAGACAACUUCGUGUGCGCGCGUGCUGGUGCGCGCGUGCGUGUGCGUCUCGAGGUCCCCGUGCAGGGGUCCCCGGGGUGCUCGCCCUGCUGUAUAAUGACCUGGCCACCUGUGCCAGCCACACCAGGGGGACCGAAUAUAGAAUGUAAGGGGCCCUCCCAGGCUCCCUCACCCCUCACUGUCACCCCACAGGGAGCUUUGGGGGCAGGCUGGGCUCUGGCGUGCCUCCCUCCCCAGCGGCACCUUGCACCUGGGGCGAGUUAGCACGCAGCCCCCACCUCCAGGCCAGGCCUCCCCACUUCCCACCCUAUCCCUAAGAGACUUUAAUUACGGGUACCUGAAGGCGGGAGCCUUUGACUUCUAUCCGAAAGGUUUAUUCCAGAGAUGAGUGUACAUUUAUAUAAAUAGAUGCUGUGUAUGAUAUACACAAACAUAUAUAUAAAGAUCUAUAUGGAAGAGGAAAGGCGGGGCCAGCUGAGGCACAGGACCCCGAGAGGGGGGUGGGGGGCGGUCCCCUGUGGGACUCACUGUUGAGACAACCGCAAAACCGGCAGAGGAUGGAGGGGCUUUCCCGGCACCACAGUUUUGUUUUAAAAAUUGUACCAGGACCUGUAUAUUUAUAAAGCUAUUUAUGGACCCCCAGACCCUCUCUGCGCACCCCCAGAGCUGUAGUGUUUAGUCCACCGCAUGGCAGCAGUUUAAGUCUUAACUUAUUAACAGCUGAGAAGGUUUAUGCUUCGUUUUAAGGGUUCCCUGAGGGUGUGCCCCAUCUCUCGGCGCACCCAGCCUGCACCCCAAGGCCUGAGCAGCCCGCUCACACCCAAAGGGUCAUUACUAGUGUGAGGUGACUAUGGUGGGGAUAUUGUCUUUCCUUGGUCCUUUUGCAGGGGAACUAGAUUUCUCUAGGAUUUUUCUUUAGGAGAUUUAUUUUUUUGGACUUCAAAGCAAGCUGGUAUUUUCAUACACAUUCUAAUUGCCAUGUGUUCCAGGCGGGGAGGCAUUUCCAGUGGGGGCCAGCCCUGCACACAGGUUUAGAUGUUACAAGUUUAUAUAUAUAUAUAUAUAAUUUAUUGAGUUUUUACAAGAUGUAUUUGCUGUAGAGUUAACACUUCUUACACAACGCUUCUACUUUCAUAGCCCGGCUGCUACCUUUCAAAGCUUGGGAGGGAAGGCUGUGCAUUCAGUUUUGUUGCUCUUUGUACUGUUACCGCUCCAAGUUUGGGGGGCUGUUCCCUACUUGUCAGCGAGCCGGCCUGGCGGUGGCUCAGGGUGGUCUGUUCUCAGGGCCGCAGCCUUGUGGGGGCCAAAGGUGUCGGCCCAAACUGGCAGACAUGCUUUCCCAGAAAUAAACAAUGAUUCAGUUCCGA